ACAAUGGUGCGCCGUCGCAGGCGCUCAGUCACUUGAGUGGCGUGCACGGAGAGGGACCCCUCGACAUGGAGCGCGACAAGAUUCCCGGUGCUGUUUCCAUCCUGUCUGCUCUGCUUUUGCUGAUGGCCUCAGACUUCACUGCGGGCGACAGCACAAAUCUAAGCGACGAUGGCAGCCGUGCCACCGGCAACAACUACGGCUUCGGCCAUAGAUACGGCGACCGAACCGGCUUCAACAGGAGAUACAACACCAACACUGGCCACGGCGCCCACAGGGUCUACAGCAACAACAACGGCCACCGCGCCACCAACGGCUACAACGUCGACACCGGCUACAGCUCCAACAGCGCCCACAGCGAGCACGCCGUGUACGGCGGCGACCGCGGCGACUACACGGACCCGCACCCGCGCUACCGCUACCAGUUCCACGUGACCGACCCGCGCACCGGCGACUCCAAGUCGAUGCACGAGCGGCGGGACGGCGGCGGCGUGGUUGGCGAGUACCGCGUGCUGGAGCCGAACGGCCUGGAGCGCAUCGUGACGUACACGGCCGACGACCGGCACGGCUUCCGGGCACGGGUGCGCUGGGUGCCGGCCGGCGCUCGCGCCGCCGGUCCAGCCGUCUCGCACCAGGAGGUGACGCAGUUCCACUCGGACCCGGUGCCGGCGCCGGCCGAGAAGCUGUUCGCCGUGACCGACAUGUUGACCUCGCUCGAGGCACAUGUGAAGCAGCUGAACACGGCCAAGGUCGGUGUCGACUCGUUGGAGGUGCGCCUGCAGACGCUGGAGGGCGCGGUUGGCUCGGGCCUGAGCUCGCUGCGCGCCAGCCGGUAG